GCUGUCGUUCAAGUCGGAUCCCUAUCGCGUUCUUCGCUUUCGCGCUUUUCGCACCCAUACAUACACCGUCGUGUGUAUACAGUGUUGUGGGCCCAGUGUUAUUUUGUGUGGUGCGCGCGCUGUGUCCAACCUAUAUCUCUCCGUGGCAGAUUCCGCCGGAGAUAUAAAUAAGAACAGUUAGAAGAAAAAAAAAACCUUUUUUUCGCGCGCGUUUCCGAGCGAGAGUGUGGAUUUGUAUUUAUUUUCUGUUCUUCAAGUUCUCGCUUGGUUUGUUUGUGUCGAAGUUUCGUGCGCGCUCUGUUCCGCCGAAAAUCAGCGCCGUAAUCUAACUGUGUGUCCCGUCGCGCUUUAUUUCCUCUCGUAGGGAAGCGGGUGAAAACUGGCGGUUCCCGAGUGGAGGAUUGUGUAACGUUUGUAGUAAGCGCGCGGCCACCGAUUAUUAUUAUGUUUUAUUACGAGUUCAGCGCUCAGCCUUAUUUGUCGGUGCUAUCGGACAAAUGGUGAAAGUGUGACCUUUGCGGGGCUCAGAUUCGGAAGCAACGGAACGCAAUGAACGGGGGCGAUGCAGGUCUCGCAACAUGGGGAGCUGAGAAGUGAUAGCCAUUAGUGAAGGUUUUACUGUUAAUGGGAACUGUAAAAGUUGGAAAAACGAUUUGUGCGAACGGUUGGUGAGUGUGCAUUUUCCCGCCAGAAAAGCGAAAUUAGCUACAAAACUAGGAUUACUUUUCGAACAGAGAGAAAGAGAGCAAAUCAAUAUUUGCCAGUAACAAAGGCUGUGACAACUACGGAAUAGUGCUAGAUUUUGAAUGUUGAGUGUUUUUCGUUGUUGGAGAAAAUUGUGAAGGUAAAUCAAAAUGACAGCGAGCAAAAUACAAUCGCGCCCAAACAGCUUUCUGACGUCGUCGGCUGCAACGCCACGCAAUAGUGCGUUUGCAGCCUACAGCAAUCCGGAUCAGCUCCGGCGGAAUGUCAGUGGAACCAAGCGGUGCCUUUUCGGCAAACCAGACUCGAUCGAAACUAAAAGACUGUACGAAGAAAGCGUCCAACAGGACCGUCAGCGAUUCAUCAGUCGGUAUGGUUUUGACACCGUGACAGGGCAACCCGCGAAACACUCGAUCUCAUCCCAUUCGUCCUCAUCGACGUCUUCAUCAUCAUACUCGUUACGUAGUAGUCCCACCAGGGAAUACUGCAGACCCAACGAAGUCACCAGAAAUGGGCUGUGCAAAGAUGAUCCCAGAAAGUACUGCACUAGGCAGCAACAGCAGCAGCAGAAUACCUCGAUAGAUCUGUACUCCAAAUAUGGAAAACGCCAGUGCUAAGCUCCCCCUAACGGAACUCUUUCACGACACCACAAGAUCAAUCAACUCCAACGGAUCAUGGGACCUUCCGAGAAGGUCUCUCCUACCAGAUGUGUGCUUGUCUACCGGCUCCCGUACCCAUUCUCAAGCGCUAAACAGAGAGAUCAUAAUUGACGGAGGUUAUUACGACGGGGUUCGACCUCAUUCCACGAUCACCAGUUGAGGUAACCCUUUUUGGGAGCAGGGUAUGGCAGCGUGCCGCUAAUCUCCGUGUCGCAGUAAACGGGACUUAGAAAAUCACAACAAAUAUGUUAGCCCAGCAACCAAUGACCUACUAGGACCUUCAAUGAGUUCUCGCUGGUUCCAUAACGGUAGCGCAUCUAUAGACAAGUGAUAUAAACUAGCGUGACAUUCAGUGUAUGCCAUUUCGCAAAAAUGUAAACAAUUUUUCAUCGCGUUAAACAUGUCGCGUUUAGUGCCAAAAAAAAGUUCUUCGUUGAGUUGAGAUUUUGGUUUACCGCUUCCAAAAUAAUGAGUGUCAUCAACUACAACUACAAUUGCGUUUGGGUCAAGCAUUGAAGGAAAAGAAGACCAGCGAGCACUCAUUCAAGGUCCAAUACCCUGAUGGGAAAAAAACAGAAACGAACAUACGCUUGACAAGUUGAACAAAAAAAUUAUCGAAAAUCUCGAAUAAAUCUGGUGAAAAAAUUAACAUUUCAGUUGUGGUCAUAGAAUAAACUUUCGCCACAACUGAAGCGUUGAAGGUGACAGUUUCACGAAACUGCUGUUUUUCACUAUGUUUAUAUUUUCGUUUUUCGUAUAUAUAUUUUUAUCAGAGCAUAAUGCAUGUAUUUUUAGGACAAUUCUAAAUUAUUAUUUUAUAUACGAAAUUGUUUAAGCUUUUAUUCGAAUGUAAAUACACUGAAAAAAAAUUUCAACUUCUUAAGCGUAUGUUGGUCCCAGAUAUAAGGCUCGAUGUUCCGUAAAGGUUCAUGCCGAUGUCCAAACAAAAUCAUAAUUUAUAUUGACUUUUCUUCCGUUGGCGGCAAUUAACAACCUUUGGAGAUUGAGACAAAAAAUAGGGUUGGCCUGAGAUGAUAAACUCCUUCUGGACCUUGAUCACACAAACACACACACACACAAACCAGAUCAGGGAUCCGUUGAAGGGUUUAUUUUAUUUUCUAAUUUAAUAGUAAUGUAAUCAAAACACAACAAGCAAACUAUGUGAUAUGUAAGACAGAACGAAAGGCGUUUGAUAUGUUUCGUGCAUCUUGCCUCAGCAAGACGGCCGACAGCGAGAGCAGAUUUAGGAAUAUAUAUAUAUUUUACACGUGUACCCAGAAAACGUGCAACAGUGAGCGUAAGAAGAAGAAGCACCAGGCACAAAGUUCUUUCAUUGUUAUAUUGAUUUAUAGCAAAUUUUGUUGAUUAAGGACGAAAUUCACCAUAUUUCUUUGAGUAGUGUUUAAGUAAAGUAAAACAAUCGUUAACAUUAUGUUAUAAAAGAAAACAAAAACUCUUCGACACAAAUACACAUACACACGGACGGGGGGCGUCGGCGCUCCUUCCGACCAUCCCCGAUGUUUUCAAUGAUUGAAGCAAAUGCCUUCUCUCCUAUCUUCCCCUUUUUUUCUUGUUUAGUUGAACUCAAUCAAAGAAACAAAAAAGUUUGAUCUCAUAAUUAUAUUAUUACUAGUUUUUUUAGAGAGGUUAAUUUUGUAGCUAUUAAAUGAAACGUAAAAAUGAGGUAAACCAACAAUUGAAGAUUUGCUCAGAGUACAAAACAAACGUACAUUGGACGAUGGAACCCAGAAACACGAUCAGAAAAACAAUCCGUACUUCUCUUACCCAAACGAAUAACAUACGCACUGCUGCGAGCUUCACAUUCACCCCCUUUUCAAGUCAAUACUACAAUAUCACAAUUUGCGUGCAUUGAGAUUCUAUGUAUGGUUUAUCUUUUUCCACAAAAGAUUUAAAGAAAUACACUUUUUUCGAACACAACCUUGUAUAGAAUGAAAGUCGAACUAGAGAAGUAGAGGAGCAUAGAGAUUAAUCUCCUAUCUAAGUUGUUCGAUCAAGUGAAAAACAAGAAACAAACGUGUUUAGCGGAUAAGAUUUCUCACGAAUAGAAUAAACUACAAAAGAAGCAUUUACAGAAGUUAAGCUCAUAACAGGAAAAACAAUGGAUAAAUCAGACGUUCGUUUUUUUUGCAAUAAAUACAAUAUGAUAUGAACA